AUCCCCAGCUUCUGACAAUCAGAGGCCAGGGACCCCAUUCCUACCCUUCCUAUUCCUACUGCAGCAGCGGCUGGUCCUUUAGAACUGCUGGGCGGCGCGCUUCAGAGCCCUGCACUGUGCGCUCUGGCAUCUUCUGAGGGCUGGUGGGGAUAGAGGGUACUGGGCUAUCCGGGCAGUGCUGAGGGCUGGCUGUCCCAGCCCCACCCCUUCCGUCCAAGGCCUCGCCCCUUCUGGGAGCACAGAACCAGCUACCCCUGCCAGUGCCCAGAGGCCUGAUGUUAGAGACAGGAUACUGGUGUAAAUGGACCAUUGUUCCAUGAAAAGGUCCCAAUUUUAAUAGGUUUUUCCCAUGGAAAAAAUACCAUAUUUAAAUGUAGGUGGGAAAAAAUUCACUAAAGAGAUGUUACGGGGUGGAUGUUUUGUGUGUGGUCCCUGUAAGAUUACAUAGCUGAAGUGAAGCAGUUCAGAAUUUGUAACUUCACUGAGGGUUUCAAACAGCACUAUAAACCAAAACAUCAUAGCUCAAAUAGUGAGCAGCACAUGUCACUAAACCCUGCAACAGCUUUUUGAUUGAUAUCUGUGGUACAUAUUUUUAUAUUCUCUUUGUGUCAGUAUAGAAGAAUUGCCUUAAACUGCUAUAAUCUACAAACAGGUUUUUUGGGGUUACAUACAAUGUCUUUCUUAAAGUAUUUUAAUAAGUUCACAUUUGUUGAAACUCCUUCAAAUGAGCUUCUUAUAAAACUGGUCCUUUGAAAGAUGCUUUACUCUAAUUUAGUAAGCAUCCUGAAUGAUUUUCUGAGAUACCCAGGCUAUAUAUUGUAAGACAAAAAUCAGACCUUUUUAAUAGGUGUUCUGAAAAUUUCCAGAUCUAAAAUUUUUGUUCAAGACAAAGCAGUAUUGUACACAAUCAAGCAAAUUCUAUGUGAUUUUAAAUUAUUUAAUGCAAAUGGUAAAGUUCACAUUGAUAAAGUUUUAACUGCUGUUCAUAAAUCUUACAGUUAUUUUAAUCUUAGCAUUCUGCUGGCAUGUACCACUUACUUACGCUUCUGUCGUCUUCUUUAUAUAGUUUUCAAAAACCACUAAUAAAACUGCAGCCAACUGUCAAGUUGGGCAGUUUAUAUUUGGUGCGAAUGGUAAGGAUACGUUGAUACACAAAGCCAAGUUGAGAGUUCUGAAAAUUACGUACUGAAGACUCCAUCGUUUAUCAGUUAAAUACUACUGGUACUGUGAGAGAGAAGGUGAAUGACUUUAAUAUCUUUUAUUAUACAAUUUCUGGGGGAGGAAGAGAAAAGCUUUUGAGCUACUUAGAAUUCUUCAAGUCUGUGAAGCGCCCAAGACCUCUGCAGAUUUCAAGAAGGGCUCUAUGUAGAUCAGAAAAGCAUGUCUCUUCCACCCCCCCAGAAAUUGUACAAGAAAAGAUAUUAACUCAUCCACCAUGUAUCUAUGUGUCCUGGGACCAACCCAGCUACAAUAACACUGCAAACAAUAUUAUUGUUUAUUGGUACAUGUGGUUAGUUGACAGAACACUGACUGGGGUCUUGUUGAGUACAUGCUAGACCUGUUGUGUUUUGUUUAUUAAAGAUAGGUUAAAUACAGUGAUGUGGUAUUUAGGGAUAUGAAAGAGUGACCAUGUACAUGGUUAACAUUCACGAUUACAUGCAGGCUUCCAGUAUGCAUGGAGAGCUGGUUUAAAAGGCGGCUCUUGGAGCAGUUAUACAGUUACUUAAUUACACAUAUUUAACAUUCCUAGUAGUAUUAUAUGGAUAUGGAUGACAGCUUGGGAAACAAGCAGUUAAAACUGAGUCUUUGCUUGGUCUGAACUCUGAGUUGGGAAAGGCAUGUCUCCCUUACUGCUUUCGUUUUAUCAGUUUGCUUCUCAGCCAGAGGGUGGUGUAUUUCCUGUGAAAAUGUACAGCCGAACUUGCAGCUUUCUUUUCUAAACAUAUGGCCUACGAGGGUGUACGUAAGGUGACUAGGCAGACUGGCUUUGCAGGUUGAUCAUGUUAAUUAUUUGAUGCUCUGGUUCCAGUACAGUCAGCCAGCUGGCUGACUGCCUCAGUUCCCUGCUUCCUGGCACUCUGCCGCCCCACUAAAAAUGCUGGCGCCAAGAUGAGUCUUAAGCUCAUCUGCAGCUGGCCCCAGUGUAGAGUCUCCCUAUUGAAUUGUUACAUAUUCUGGCGUGUGUUGGAGUCUGGGAUCCUCACAGCCCAGAGGGUGCCAAUGUGAAGAGUCUGGGAUCUGAAGGGGUCAAGGUUUUACUGCAUGUCAGAGCAGGUAGUAAAUCAUUUGAUGGGUGUCAGGUAGGGGUAAAAGAAACUUAAAUUUCUCACAGGUCCCCUCGCAGCCUGGGUCCCUGCCAGCUCUGUCAAUAGCUCCCUGCUGGCUUUUGCCUCAACUCAGCCCACUCUGGCCGGAGCUGCACACCAGGAUGCACCCGCUUCCUUUCAGCUCUGGUGCCAGAGUCCUAGAAAAAGGCAGCUGGGACCAAAAUUCAUCUUCUGCGGGAGAGUGAAGCUAUUAGGGGGAGAAAGUAAGGCUCCAAAGCAUGGGGGAAAUGCCCCUGCAGAGCCAAUAGAGGGUCAGGGGAGGGGGAGAAUGUAUGAACAGCCUGCUCAUAUUAGAGACAUUUACUGCCAAAUCCUCUUGUCCCAAAGGCUCCUCACAGCUACCAGGUCCUGCCAUACCUCGUCCCCUUUGACUGUCUCUAGGGGAGUCCAGGUUUUCUGUUUGUGUGUGUCAUACACAGCAGUUGUACAAUUAGCAUCAGUUUGAUACCUUUUCCUAAGAGCCUGUUUUAAUUAAACUACAACUCCCAGCAGACACCAGGAUAACAUUCUCACCUCAGCAUGAGAUCAUUUCCAUAUUACCAUCUUAUCAGCUAAGUGCAAAACAUUUCCUGGUGCCCAAGGAAAGAUUAGAGAGCUAAGGUGAGCAGUAUAAAAAUAACCCUGGGGAACAUGGCCAGCCAUGCAGCAAUCACAGAGACCCCCCAGCUAAACCCUGUGAUUGAGCCUCUAUCCUGGAUGCUGGGCACUUGGCUGUCAGACCCACCAGGAGAUGGUGACUACCCUACAAUGAAGCCUUUUCAGUACCUGGAAGAGGUGCACAUCUCUCACGUGGGGCAGCCCAUGCUGAACUUUUCGUUUAAUGCGUUCCAUCCAGACACCAGGAAGCCAAUGCACAGAGAAUGUGGAUUCAUCCGCCUCAAACCUGACACUAACAAGGUGGCCUUCAUCAGUGCACAAAACACAGGUCUUGUGGAGGUGGAGGAAGGGGAGGUGAAUGGACAGGAGUUGUCUAUAGCUUCUCACUCGAUAGCCAGGAUCUCCUUUGCCAAGAAGCCCCAUGUGGAGCAGAUUACCAGGACGUUUAGGCUCAAUUCCGACGGGAAACUAGAACAGACCGUCUCCAUGGCAACCACUACGCAGCCAAUGACUCGGCACCUUCACAUUACCUACAAAAAGGUGACACCUUAAAAACCGGAGGGCAGGGUUUCCCACGGAGGAGCAGCGGGAGCCUGAGGCCAGAAGCACUCCCCUCUCGGUGACCCACAUUCACCCUCAGUAGGGGCAGGGGAGGCAAGCGAAAGGCCCCUGCCAUUGGGAAUGUCAUGCAGAUGUUUCUGUAACGGUGUAUGUAAAAAACCAAAUAAAAAGCCUUUAUUUUUA